AUGGCGGUAAAUAAACGACGCUUGACUUCUUUCAAAUUACUCAUUACUGUUAACUUUGGUAAAUACUUACGUGCAGGGAAGAAAAAUGAGAGCACAAAAGAGGAAAAGAAGGUUUUGGGUGAGAUCAAUGCUACAACAACGCAAGAACUACGGUUCACAAGAAUGAGUCCUGAACGAUUGGAGCAUUUGUUAAGUUUAGUUGCACCAUAUAUGAAGAAACGAAGUUGCCGGAGUAGAGAAACAAUCUCAAUUAAACAAAGAUUGGUGGUUACACUACGAUAUCUUGCCACAGAGAAGUUUGAUGCAAUUUGGAAAGCAUUACGAGAUGAGUACUUGAAGCUUCCCAAGUCAGAAAGGGAAUGGCAUGGUGUUGCAGAAGAGUUUCUUCAGGAAUGGGGGUUCCCUCAUUGUAUUGGAGCUAUCGAUGGAAAGCAUGUAAACAUCGACUGUCCCAAAAAUGCUGGAUCUCUCUUUUACAACUAUAAAAAUUAUCACAGUACUGUGAUCAUGGCGAUUUGUGAUGCAAAGUAUAGAUUUUUAUUUGUGGACAUUGGAAGCUACGGGCGUAACAAUGAUGCAGCUAUAUUUUCACAAACUGAGAUAAAUAAAAAAAUAGAAAAUGGGCAACUUGGCAUACCAGGACCGUCUAUGGUUAGUGAAUAUAUGUUGCCUUAUGUUAUCACUGGAGAUGACAUUUUUCCGUUGAAAACCUGGUUGAUGAAACCAUUUCCUGGAAAAGGUCUUACUCAAGAACAAGCUAUAUUUAAUUAUCGAUUGUCUAGAUGCAGACGAACCAUUGAAAACACCUUUGGAAUACUGGCAGCUAGGUGGAGAAUUUAUAGACGACCAAUUCGAGCUGCAAUUACAACUGUAGAUCUUAUUGUUCAAGCAACUGUAUGCUUGCAUAAUUAUUUGUCAUUAACUCAAAACGCAUAUUAUAUUCCAAAAGGUUUUGUUGAUGCUGAAGAUGGAUCUGGGAAUAUUAUUAAUGGGGAAUGGAGACACAUCACGCAAGGGGAUGAGAGCACUUUGCAAGCAGUUUGA